AUGAGAUGUGGUACGGUAGCAUACGUUGGUAUGAAAACAAUUCGUUACGGAACCGUUAUUACACCGAAUGUUGUCAAAGAUGUCCUUGGAGCAUUACCAGAAGAACAGUUAACGGCUAAAAACACCAGAUUUCUCAAACCAGUGACAAAAAUUGAAGAUGGUCGAUAUCCAUCUGUUUCAACAAUCUUAGGAUGCACAACUUCUCAGCGUUCACUUUAUCACUGGCAGUUAAAAAUGAUAAAACAGCUGGGUGGCAUAGGUGCUUUCAAGAAGCAUAUAAGGGGUCGCAUGAUGAUCGGGACACAGUACCAUAGUUGUGUGCAAAGAAUUUUAGGAGAGUUUAAAAAUCGAAGAAGUUUUCCAGAUAACGUUGCUGAAGAAGUGAUCUGUACAGUUGAUGCGUGUGUUGGUAGUUAUGUAAAUAGUGUUCUUCCUAUUCUGCGUACUUUUGCCAACAAUAAUAUGGAAUUAGAAAGACAUACAAGCCAUCAUGGUCUUUGCUACAAUGGACGCUUUGAUGCUACUGUCACUUAUAAGGAUGCUUUGUUUUUAAUGGAUUGGAAGACAGUUUCUUCUGGUUCGACGAAAGAUAAUUGUGUAGAAAUAGAAAAAAUGUACAAUGAUCCUCUACAAUUGGCCGCUUAUAUUGGUGCUGUUAAUUCAGAUUCAAAUUUUAAAACCUUACCAGAGGUAGAAUUUUUAUUAUCUUAA